CACUUGACAAUCACAGUUCAGACUUGAGAGUUUCACAACUCGGAAUUACUCAACCACCCCCGUUCCUGUUUCUUGUUUCUCCAAGCAUAAAAACAACCUUACUUAACAUUCACUAAUCACUCUUUCACCACAACACCGCCAACUUCUCUCCUUCCUCGAACCUUCAUCUGGAUCCUCCGUAAUCAGUACCUGAUACCCAUUUGCACCUAAACCCCAAAGCUAACACCUUUUCUUUGCAUUAAAAUCAUUGCCAACCCACUAGGAACUGUUGCCUAAUUGCACCCUAGCUUAACCAACAACUCGUCUUCCCUUUUUCUUUUAUUUAUUUUUUUAUUGGUUCUGGUCUCUGGGUUUUCUUGUUUUAUUGGAAAGUUUGGAUUUUGAUUUGCGGGGAUGGCGGUGGAAGAGGAAGGUGCACAGUUUCAGAUGAGGGCCUUGGAGUGUCUUGGUAAAGGUUUCGACUUGGCGAGCGAUUUUCGGUUGAAGUUUGCAAAGGGAGUUGGAGGCGGUGGGAAGAGGUUGGUGGUGCUUGAUGAAAUGCACAAGAGGGAUAUUUUGAUCCCUGCAGCUGGUGGAGCCUCCAUCACCAUUAGAGGGGUCUCUGAGGACAUUCGUUGUGAUAAAGGGGAUAGAAUAAGGUUCAAAUCCGAUGUGCUUGAGUUCAACCAGAUGUCUGAGUUGUUAAAUCAGAAAUCGGCAGUGCAAGGGAAAAUACCUUCUGGCUAUUUCAAUGCUCUUUUUGAUUUGAGUGGUGACUGGUUGAGGGAUGCUGCUGACAUCAAGUAUCUUGCUUUUGAUGGUUAUUUCAUUUCGCUCUACUAUUUACAUCUAACAGCUUCUCCACUUGUGCUGCAAGAGGAAGUUAAGAAGUCUGUUCCUGCUCAAUGGGACCCGGCGGCAUUGUCUAGGUUCAUUCAGACAUAUGGUACACACAUAGUAGUAGGUAUGGCUGUUGGUGGUCAAGAUGUAAUCUGUGUCAAACAGAAGCAUUCUUCAAAGAUUUCUCCUGGUGAUCUCAGAAGACAUUUAGAAGAUCUUGGAGAUUUUCUGUUUUCAGAUGUAAGGAGUCCUUCUUUACUACAGAGGCAGACAGCCGAUGGCAAACAGAAGGUCCCUGAGGUCUUUAAUCGUGUGAUGCAAUCAAACACAAUGCAGUUCACUACUAUUUCAGAAACAUCAAGCAAAGAUGGCCUCACUAUUAUUUGCUCCAAAAGAGGAGGAGAUAUGUUCAAGAACAGUCACUCAAAUUGGCUCCAGACAGUGCCUUCUAAUCCUGAAGCAAUCCUCUUCAAAUUCGUUCCUAUUUCAUCACUUCUAACUGGGAUUCCUGGAAGUGGCUAUCUUAGCCAUGCAAUCAACUUGUAUUUACGUUACAAGCCUCCUCUUGAAGAUAUACAAUAUUUCUUAGAGUUUCAAAUUCCCAAGCAAUGGGCGCCAAUGUUUUGUGAGCUGCCUCUCAGGCAUCAGCGGACGAAGACGUCAUCCUGUUCCCUGCAAUUUAGUUUCAUGGGACCAAAGCUCCAUAUCAGCUCUACACAGGUGGUAACUGAACAAAAACCUGUGGUUGGUCUCCGCUUGUACUUGGAAGGCCGGAAAUGUGAUAGACUCGCAUUACAUGUACAACAUCUUUCGAGCCUUCCAAAUACCAUGGUUCUUUCUUCUGGCACCUCAACCCUGCAAACCGCAUCUAUGUGGCGAGGGUCCGAUGACCAUGAAUCCAGCAACCAAUUUCUGGAACCAGUCAGAUGGAAGAGAUUCUCAAAGGUGUGCACAUCAGUAGUUAAGCAUGACCCGAAUUGGUUGAAUGGCUCGAGUGGUGUUUAUAUUGUAACUGGGGCACAAAUCCUUAGUAAAGGAAGUUGGCCAAGGAAUGUGCUUCAUCUGCGUCUUCUCUUCACGCAUAUACCUAAUUGCAGUAUCCGGAAGUCAGAGUGGGCUGGCGCACCAGAGGGUUCAAGAAAGUUCUCUUUCUUCACAAAUUUGAGCACAACAUUUUCAUUCACUCAACAGAGCAACACUGCUCCACGGAAGCAGGCUCCAGCAGCGCUAAACUCCGGUAUUUAUCCAGAGGGUCCACCUGUGCCGGUUCGCUCAGGUAAACUGCUUAAAUAUGUGGAGACAGCUGAGGUUGUGCGAGGGCCACAUGAUGCUCCGGGUCAUUGGUUAGUAACUGCUGCCAAGCUCGUGACGGACGGCGGUAAGAUUGGAAUACAAGUGAAGUUUGCAUUGUUAGAUUACUGCUGAUUCCUGGCCACUGCUCUUCUCUUUCCAGAGUAAUAUCAUAUUAUCAUUGUUGUCAUUUGUUGUUGCUUAUUAUCAUAAAUUUUUUUGGAAACUACAGAUUGCAUGUAUAUAUUUUUUGUCUAAAGGCUUUGUACAGUGUAUAUAAACUCAAAAAGUGAGUGGGAGUUGUCAACAUGCAAUAGAAAAUUAAUGUGGUUGUUCAGCUAAUUUUGGAAUCUGAAUACAUCUUGUUGGGUUUUAA